AUGAAAGAUUAUGAUGAACUUCUCAAAUACUAUGAAUUAUAUGAAACUAUUGGGACAGGUGGCUUUGCAAAGGUCAAACUUGCCUGCCAUAUCCUCACUGGAGAAAUGGUAGCUAUAAAAAUCAUGGAUAAAAAUGCACUAGGGAGUGAUUUGCCCCGGGUCAAAACAGAGAUUGAGGCCUUGAAGAACCUGAGACAUCAGCAUAUAUGUCAACUCUACCAUGUGCUAGAGACAGCCAACAAAAUAUUCAUGGUUCUUGAGUAUUGCCCCGGAGGAGAGCUGUUUGACUACAUAAUUUCCCAGGAUCGCCUGUCCGAGGAGGAGACCCGAGUGGUCUUCCGUCAGAUAGUUUCUGCAGUUGCUUACGUGCACAGCCAGGGCUAUGCUCACAGGGACCUCAAACCAGAAAAUUUGUUGUUUGAUGAAUAUCAUAAAGCAAAGCUGAUUGACUUUGGUCUCUGUGCGAAACCCAAGGGUAACAAGGAUUACCAUCUGCAGACAUGCUGUGGGAGUCUUGCUUAUGCAGCACCUGAAUUAAUACAAGGCAAAUCCUAUUUGGGGUCAGAGGCAGAUGUUUGGAGUAUGGGCAUACUCUUAUAUGUACUUAUGUGUGGCUUUCUACCAUUUGAUGAUGAUAAUGUCAUGGCUUUGUACAAGAAGAUUAUGAGAGGGAAAUAUGAGGUUCCUAAGUGGCUCUCUUCCAGUAGCAUUCUGCUUCUUCAACAAAUGCUACAGGUGGACCCAAAGAAACGGAUUUCUGUGAAAAAUCUAUUGAGCCAUCCCUGGAUCAUGCACGAUUACAACUGUCCUGUUGAGUGGCAAAGCAAGAAAUCUCUUAUUCACCUCGAUGAAGAUUGUGUAACAGAACUUUCUGUACAUCACAGAAAUAACAGGCAAACAAUGGAGGAUUUAAUUUCAUCGUGGCGGUAUGAUCACCUCACCGCUACCUAUCUUCUGCUUCUAGCCAAGAAGGCUCGGGGAAAACCAGUUCGUUUAAGACUUACUUCUUUUUCCUGUGGACUAGCCAAUACCACCCCAUUCACAAACAUCAAGUCACAGAAUCUGAGUCUAGAAGAUAUGACGACAAGUGAUGAAAACUAUGUGGCUGGGUUGAUAGACUAUGACUGGUGUGGAGACAGUUCAUCAACAGGUGUGGCCACUCCUGAAACACCACAGUUUGCCAAGCAUUGGACAGAAUCAAAUGGUCUGGAAUCUAAAUCAUUAACUCCAGUAUUAUGCAGAGCAUCUGCCAAUAAAUUAAAGAACAAAGAGAAUGUAUAUACGCCUAAGUCUGCUGUAAAGGAUGAUGACUGCUUUGUAUUUCCUGAGCCAAAGACUCCAGUUAAUAAGAACCAGUAUAAGAGAGAAAUACUCUCUACACCAAAUCAUUAUGCUACACCCUCAAAAGCCAGAAACCAAUGCCUGAAAGAAACCCCAAUUAAAAUGCCAACAAAUUCGGCAGGAACAGAGAAGUUAAUGAUAGGUGUCAUUAGCCCUGAGAGGCGAUGUCGCUCAGUGGAACUGGAUCUCAACCAAGCACAUGUAGAGGAUACUCCAAAGAGAAAAGGAACCAAAGUGUUUGGGAGCCUUGAAAGGGGAUUGGAUAAGGUUAUCACUGUGCUUACCAGGAGCAAAAAGAAGGGCUCUGCCAAAGAUGGGCCAAGAAGACUAAAGCUUCACUAUAAUGUGACUACAACCAAAUUAGUGAAUCCAGAUCAACUCUUGAAUGAAAUAAUGUCUGUUCUUCCAAAGAAGCACGUUGACUUUGUACAAAAGGGCUAUACACUGAAGUGUCAAACACAGUCAGAUUUUGGUAAAGUGACAAUGCAGUUUGAACUAGAAGUGUGCCAGCUUCAAAAACCCGAUGUGGUGGGUAUCAGGAGGCAGCGGCUUAAGGGUGAUGCCUGGGUUUACAAGAGAUUAGUGGAAGACAUCUUGUCUAGCUGCAAGGUAUAAUUGUUGGAUGGUUCCCCCCCGCCGCCAAUGGAUGAAUAUGGGUGUGAUACAGCCUAUAUGGAGACUGGUGUGAUUGGUUUGAUUUUUAAAGUUCUUUGGAACUACAGACUUGUUUCUAAAGAGCUGUCUUAAAGACCAAUAUCUUUUUGUUUUUAAACAAAAGAUGUUUUGCAGAUGAAUCUAAGGUGUGCCCAUCUGUCA